UGUUAGAUGGUCUUUAGUGUCUAGUGUGUCCUCUGCCAUUCAUGGAAGAAUAAUAUUGCUGCAUCCCUUCUGCAUGUGAUCUAUGACCUUUGGUACAAUUUGAAAAAUCUAACAUUGCAUUUAGUCCUUUAAUGUGAGAUUUUAUCUCUCUUUUUCAGAUUGAUAUUUUUAUCCUAUAAAGAUCAUUUUAGUCUCGUUUUUAAUCAGAACAGCACAGGAAGACAACGACUGACUACAGAGGUGUAAGGAAUGCCUCAAUCUGAGAGAGAGAGUGACAAAAGAGUGAGUGAGAGGGAAAAUGAACAACGGCCACCACUAAAAAAAGAGCGGGACGCAUCUCCCCCUCUGUUAUACAAAUCUUCUUCACCACGGCCCGUGGAACAUCUUUCUUCUGGGGUACGUUGUAGAGCUGCUGAUGAGGAACGGAUGCAGUUUCUUCAGCUGGUGUUUCAGAGUUCUCAGGCCGGCCUGAUCAGGCCAUCUGUACUUCGCUCUCCAGCUCACCAGCGUCAGGCAAAUGAGAGCAGCCCAACAGCCAUGAACAGAAGAAAAGUCAUAGGUCACAGUGCACAGACUUCCAUCCAAGCUGUUUCUGGAUCAAGCCAGCACAGGAAACAAUCUUCCAGCUUUCAUUCUCACAGCCCAGUCGAGUCAGAAAUCCAGAGAUCCAACAAUCUUUUUGUAAACGGACAAUGUCGCUGGCCAGGCUGUGACAAAGUCUUUGAAGGGUAUACACAUUUUUUGAAACAUCUGAACCGAGACCAUAGCACAGAUGAGAAAACGAUUGCGCAGUGGCGAGUUCAGCAAGACCUGGUACGGCACAUGGAGAAUCAGCUCAUUCAGGAGAAGCAGAAACUUCACGCCAUGCAACUUCACCUUCAACUGUUUGAAUGCAUCUCGACGCGUACCGGGGUUGCUCCAGGCUGGUGGAGGCCGCUGGCACUAAAUUUGCCCCAGGUGAGGGAGCCAGAUGGCAGGACAGAGAGAGCUAGUGAAGCACCAGUACGACAGGAACCCUGGCAUAUACCCCUACCACACCUGCUGCCAGAUUUUGUUAGCAGUACUGAAUACUACAAAUAUGCCAAUGUACGACCUCCAUAUACAUAUGCUUUCUUAAUCAGAUGGUCAAUUCUAGAAGCCCCAGACAAACAGCGGACGCUAAACGAAAUUUAUAACUGGUUCACAAGAAUGUUCUUCUACUUCCGUCAUAAUUCUCCUACAUGGAAGAAUGCUGUGCGACACAAUCUUAGUCUCCACAAAUGCUUUGUGCGGGUGGACGGGAGGACAGGGGCAGUGUGGACAGUGGAUGAGGAAGAGUACCAGAAGAGAAAAGGGCAGAAAAUCCAAAGGGACUACACUUUAAAAUGGCUGACACCCUUCUCCCAUUGUUCAUCCCAUGAAGCCUCAGAUGUAUCAGUAAAAGCCACAAAUUCUCAGUGAAAUGUAUUCCAAACAUUUCGUGAAGUAUGCAGAAAAAAACAAGUUCAGCUUUAGAUGUUAGAGUUUUAGGUAUGAUCCUUAAGGAUGGGAUAUUUGUUAAUAUUCAUUUCUUUUGUAUCUCUGAAGAAACGGCAACUAGUCUUCCUUAAAAUAUGUCUUGCUUUAUAUAAAUCUAUGUAUGUAAUGUAAGUCUUUAAAAAAUUACAUAAAUAUCUUGUCUAUAUAUAUAUAUGUGAAUGCAUUAAUGUAAGCAUUUUUCAGUGUAACAUUUUUAUAUGUUGUGCUAAAUCUGGUUAAAAUUAUUAAAAAUGAAAUACAACAGCAAUAACAUAUUAGAAUAUUCAGAAUUAUUCAGAAUUUCCCUAUGACGGACCAAACUCAAACUUGACCAGAAGAGGGCAUCUGUUUGCGCGCACAUUUUUGGGUGUGGUAAUUCUGUAACAGAAGGCAAAGAAAAAGCAUCAAAGCUGCUGGAAUAAAAGACAAAGAAAUUUCCUCUCCACAUUUCUAAA